AUGUCAGACUAUUACCCUGAAGAACUGAUCGUCCAAAUCUUCUCAAGGCUUCCUCCCAAAUCUCUCCUCCGAUUUAGGUGCAUAUCAAAAUCAUGGAACUCACAAAUUUCAAGCCCUGAAUUCAUAUGGCUGCACACCCUGCGAGUUCUCCUAAAACCCUCUACAGGUACAAUCAUGAGGUACUUCUCAACAAUUGAAAGGAAGGAAAAAUAUUUAAUUGUACGUAGGGAUGCAUCAGCAGAUGUUGACCCUGUAAUAACAUUAGGAUCCCCUUUUAGUGGCAGAGUACGAUAUUACUGUAGGAUCGUGGGUGUAUGCAAUGGUGUGGUCUGUUUGUCAAAUGAUUUAUUUGGAUAUGAUAAUCUUUUGGUACUUUGGAACCCUAGAAUAAGCAGAUGCCUCACCCUCUCUACGCCUGCUCGUUGUUGUGACAAUGUGUGGACUUAUAAGUUUGUCUUUGGGUUUGGCUUUGCAAUUAAAACGAGAGAUUACAAGGUUGUAAAGAUAGCCUAUACUCAUGGGGAUUACCAGGAUUUAACGCCACUUAAGGUUGAGGUAUAUGCACUUAGUUCGGGAAUUUGGAAGGAAUUUGAUGGUUUUAUUCCAGACACUGGUGUUAUAGAGUACUUUUGGACACAAGCUGUUGUUUGUGGGAAAGUCCACUGGACUGCAUACAAGAGAACUGGGGAGGGAAUAAGGGUGGAGAACUUGAUAAUGGUGUUUGAUCUGAAUGAUGAGAUUUUUCAGGAAUUAUCAUUACCAGAAGUUUUGGUUAACGAAAUACCUAUGAAUCUGAAUGCUGCAGAGUGUAGGGAAUCACUUGCUGUGUAUCAGUAUGAUACACGUAUUUGGAGCAGCAGUUGUUCCAUUUGGGUAAUGAAAAAAUAUGGAGACACUGAGUCAUGGAGCAAGGAAUAUAACGUUGCACUUGGCCACGAGCAUUUAAUGGUACUCGGCAUUAGUGGUAAUAGUGAAAUAUUGUUGACUGAAUCAAUGGGGAUGCUGGCUUUAUAUAACCCUGAGACGCAAAAAAAGGAGAGCUUUGGUAUUCCUGGCACUGAGUACUCUUUUUAUUUUGAUACUUACCAGGAAAGCCUUGUUUUGCUAGAUAAAGGGGUUGUACUGCCUCCACUUGAUUUAUCAUCGGAGAAGACAACGGAUGAUGAUGAAGAUGAAGAAAAUGAUGCUGAGAAUGCUCCUCAAAGCUGGAUGCAUUAUCUUAUGCAUCAGUAUCUCACAGCUUUUCUUGGAGCCGGAAAUAUCUAAGAGCUCGCCUGUAUCUUAAAUAAUGAACAAAUGUUAUAAAGUUCAGGCCGACCUUCCGUGGCAGAUUAUAUAUCUGCUUUCUGUCAGGCCAUCCCAAUUUGAUCUGUCACAGCUAUGUACCAUGUGCUCGGUGUUAUGCUUGUUAUUACAACUUUAAUCAAUUUUGACUGCUACACCAUUUGUGGUUUUAUGUUUGGCUACAUUGACCAAAUCAAGAUGAAUAUUCGAAUCAAAUGUGUCAGUCAAUGCAUUUUACUUUUAGGUGGGGAAAGCCGUAAACUUGAACCUUUUAGCUUUGAGAUAUUUCGGUAACACAUAACUAUUUUGAAAUUGUAACAGCUGACACAAGAAUAAGAAUACAUAAAUCACACCACUAACAAACGGCACAGUUCAGUAAUCAAAAUUCUAUGGUAAACAUUAUGGGAUAUCUAUUUGUUGAUUGGUAAUAAACUUCUCAAUCAAAGAUGAGAUAGACACACUACCAAAUUAAUAUGCUUUCAACUUUAAUCUUCUUAAACUUCAUUUUAGUUACAAAUAUCUGCAGCAACAGAACAAGGCAGCAGAUUAUUAGCUUCAUUCGUGUAUCUCUUUGAUACUGAAGUACACCAAGUGUUAUAGGUGUCCCCAUAAACCAACAGAAAAAAUUAAAGCAAUUUCCAUAAACCAAAACCAAAAAUAUUAAUUUUAUGCUAUGACCAAAUGAUAAAACCAACAACAAAAAUAUUCAUGCAAGUCCAUCAGC